AUGGUUAUUACCACCUUCUUAUUAGGCUUGCUUUCACCGGCAGCUGUACUUGCAUCUAGAGACAUCUCACCACCUUAUUACGAGUCUAAUUAUGAUCCUGAUUUGGCUCCUGAAGAAGCCCCGAUAAUCGUCAAGGACUUUCCACCGGAGCCACUGCCCGGUCGGGACUCUGAUCAGUCUAACUUCUUGGAAGCAUGUGCUGUUCGACUAACAGGGGAUUGUGGGGAAGCAAUUUUCACUGAUAUCUUUUGGAACCAAACUAGCCCUAUCAGUGACCAUUGCUGCCGGAAUCUUGUGGGGUUAGGACUUCGCUGCCACGUUGGUUUGGUGGCUAAUAUAAUAAAUAACCACCCUGCAGCCUUCAAAACGAAUGAGAUCAUGCUUCUUUUGAGAAGCCUGGACAUCUGGAAUAUGUGUGCUUUGGUUGCAAAAGUUGAGCCCGCUAUCCCUUCUCCCUCCCCACAUGAAGAAAAUAAUGAGAUUGUUUUCUACGUAUAA